AUGAGUUCAUUUAUUGUUGGACGUAGCAGGGAGUUCCGUAUUCAACAGCUACGAGAGCUCAACCUUCGUGGACGAUUAUCAAUUACGGAUCUGCAGAAUAUCGAGAAUCCCUUGGAUGCAUCAGAAGCAGAUUUGAAGAAUAAAACACUUGAGCUACAUUUGCAAUGGGAUUGGUGGAAUAGGAACGCUAUUGAUUCAACAAAAGAAGGUGAGGACUUUUUGCCAUUUCUCAAGUACUUGAAUAUUUGUCAUCUUGAUGGGAUUGUGAGUAUUGAUGCAGAUUUUCAUGGGAACAACUCUUCUUCAUUUAAAUCCCUUGAGACAUUGGAGUUCCGCUUUAUGCAAGAAUGGGAAAAAUGGGAAUGCCAAACUGUGACAGGUGCUUUUCCACAUCUUCAACGUCUUUACAUAAAAAGUUGUCCGAAGCUGAAAGGACACCUGCCAGAGCCUCUUGUUCCCUUAAAGAAAGUAGAGAUUUCUGACUGUCAACAACUUGAGGCUUCCGCUCCCGGGGCUCUAGAUUUACGACUACAUAGUAGUGGAAAAAUACAAUUUGACUGGGCUACUUUGAAAGAGCUCUGGUUCGGCGGACACAACAUGGAAGCAUGGUUGAUGGAAAUGGUGGGACAUAUUGUCUCUGAUACUUCUCUUGAAAAGUUGGAAAUUUAUUCUUGCUCCGAUUGUCCAAUCUGUAAUGACUUUGGUUCUCUAAGCAUCUUUCUGCUAGAUUUCUUCCCAAAACUCAAGAGGCUUAAUCUUAGUGACUUCCAUAAUCUAAAGAUGAUUUCACUGGGUCUCGGCGGGCUUCGUUUUCUCGAGUUUUUCUAUAUCGGUCGGUGCCCUCAAUUUGAAUCAUUGCCCGAAAACAUGCAUAUGCUGCUUCCAUCUCUAACGGAGCUAUACAUAAGUAAUUGUCCAAGACUUGAGUCGUUCCCUGGGGGAGGUUUGCCAUCAAAUCUAAAAGUGGUGACACUCAACAAUUGCACCAGACUUAUUGGGUCACUGAAAGGAGCUUUGGGAGACAAUUCUUCUCUGGAAUCUUUGUAUAUAGAAAAUGUGAACGCAGAAUGUUUUCCUGAAGAGGGUUUGUUGCCACUCUCUCUUACUACUCUAUGCAUCGCUGAUUGUCCGAAUCUAAAAGAACUGGAUUACAAGGGUCUCUGUCAAAUCUCAUCUCUCAAAAAAUUGCUUAUUGGAAACUGCCCCAACCUCCAAAAUUUCCCAGAGGAGGGUCUUCCCAAAUCCAUUUCACAUCUUACAAUCGAAGGCAAUUGUCCGUUACUGAAACAGCGUUUCCAGGUGUCUGAAUGCCAAGAUUGGGGAAAGGUUGCUCAUAUUGAAUCUUUCAUUAUACAUUGA